CUGGACAACCCUACCGGCCUCCUGGGAGCAGCUGUGUGUGAUCUCCAUACACUUCAGUAGUCAGAACAUGGAGAACUUCUCACUCCUCAGCAUUUCUGGACCUCGAAUCUCUUCCUCUGCUCUGAGCACCUUUCCUGAUAUUAUGUCCUCACAUGCCACCAGCUUGCCAGACAUUGCAAAGACUCUGUUACCCACGGAGGGGUCCAGCCCAGCUCAGGCCCUGCUAGCCCGGUACCAAAGCGCUCUCCAGCAUGGGGUGCACCACACGGUGCUCUUACCAGACUGCAUCUUGGGGGACCCCCCGAAUGGAGAGCAGCUGAGGUGGAAUUGCACCAUCUACCGGCCCUGGUUCUCCCCUUAUAGCUACUUUGUAUGCAAGGACAAAGAAAGCCACCUGGAGGCCUACAGCUUCCCAGAGGUGCAGCGGGAUGAGGGCAGGGGUGACAACUGCCUCCCGGAGGACACAGCUGAGAGCAUCUGCUCGUCUUCUUCCUCCCCAGAGAACACCUGCCCCCGAGAGGCCACCAAGAAAUCCAGGCACGGCCUAGACUCCAUGGACUACAUCACGUCCCAGGACAUCCUCAUGGCCUCCAAGUGGCACCCGGCCCAGCAAAACGGCUACAAGUGUGCAGCCUGCUGCCGAAUGUACCCGACGCUGCACUCCCUCAAGAGCCACAUCAAGGGGGGCUUCAAGGAGGGCUUCAGCUGCAAGGUGUACUACCGCAAGCUCAAAACCCUCUGGGGCAAGGAGCAGAAGGCCCGGCCGGGAGACAGGCUCUCCUCGGGCAGCUGCCAGGCCUUCAAGUAGGCCGGCUGAACGGUGGCAGCUGUCCUGUUAGUGGACAAUGCUUCAGGUAAACGGGAUGCUGCCUACUUAUGUCCCUACAGAGAUGUCAAUAAAGCAAAGUUAGUGACAGCCUU